CCCACCGCCAGCAGAGAGGGAAGAGGGCUGAGCCUUGAAGCUGCUGGGGGAACUUGAAGAGAGCAGGGGGAGGAGGAGAAGAAGGAUUGAUAUAUCAAGAGCGGCUGUCGAUGCGCAGCGCUAUUCUCACUCACUCCAAGUCUUUGAACCAAGAGCGAUAAAGGGGAGCGGGCUUUCCAUUCAUUUCAAGCGCAGGCAACUUUUCUUUCUUGAGUCCGUGGCGCGGGUCCGUUCACCAGAUAUUACGCAUAUAUAUUUUUUUUUACAUUUUUGUUUUGUAAAAGUGAAAUACGAGACAACGAGACAUCUGCACAUCUGAAACUUUACGAGACCUCCGAGUUGGGAAGUUUGUUUCCCGUUGAAUUGCAUGACAUUUCUUUGAAGGACUUGAGAGCCUGACAGUUUCUUCACCUAACGCGCGGUGUGGGAUUUUUGAGUUGAAACGGGGAGUUCUCAAAUGCAAAAGUACAUGUAUGAGAAAGCAAUGGCCCAAGAGACAAGGAACGGAGGAACCUCUACGUUAAACAACAACAAUGGUGUCGACAACAGUAAGAAGAAACUGCUAAUAGCUCUCGACAUCUUCUGUCUUCUACUUGCUAUGCUGCCCAGCUUGGUUCUGCACCGUACCUCUAUUCGUCCAUACCAGAGGGGUCUCUACUGCAGUGACUCCAGCCUGAGCUACCCCUACAAGAAAAGCACCGUCCCCUCCUCAGUGCUCACUUCUGUUGGGUUGACACUGCCUGCGGUGUCCAUUGUGAUUGGAGAAUGCUUCAGGAUUCACCAACUACAUGAGGGAACCAAGUCUUUCGUAGGGAAUCCCUAUGUCGCAGCCCUCUACAAACAGAUGGGUGUGUUUCUCUUUGGAUGUGCCGUCAGCCAGUCGUUCACAGACAUUGCCAAGGUGUCGGUGGGUCGUAUGAGACCCCACUUCUUAGCUGUGUGUAAACCAGAUUUCUCCACCAUUGACUGUUCACUGGGAUACAUUACCAACUAUAACUGCACUGGUGAAGAGAGCGAUGUACAGGAGGCCAGGAAAUCCUUCUUCUCAGGACAUGCCUCUUUUUCAAUGUUUACCAUGCUCUACCUGGCUUUCUAUCUCCAGUCCAGGUUUACAUGGCGCGGCGCUCGUCUCCUCCGCCCGCUGCUCCAGUUCACCCUGUUGAUGAUGGCCUUUUACACCGGCCUAUCACGUGUCUCCGACCACAAGCACCACCCGACUGAUGUCCUGGCAGGCUUUGUGCAGGGAGCCCUGGUGGCCUACUGCAUAGUGUUCUACGUGUCAGACCUGUUCAAGCCCAGGGUGAAACCGGCCACGCCCCCGCCCUCCCCCAUCAAGAAGGAGCUGCUCCCUUCAUCCGACAUCAUUGACAGGAACAACCACCACAACAUGGUGUGAGAGAGGCUGUGACUGAGGAGCCAAUCACAGCGCUGCUCACCUCCCAUCGGACAGUAGAAUGUAGCGACGAGAGACUGUAGCUGCUUCUCAAAUGGCAUCCUCCAUCCCUUUUGCUGUGCCCAGCGAGGCACUUUGUGGAUUAGGGUGUCAUAUUUGAGAUUUGCACAGCAGAGUCCACUCUCACUAUCCAGACUUAUUAUUUACUAUUAUGUUAACUACUAAUCAACAUUUGAGCCCAUCAUUUUGAGCACAAACAGAAAAGAAUUGGAAGCUAAAAGACAAAAUGAAUUAAGAAAUUGAUGACUUGACAGGCAGAGCUGAGGGUGUGGAGGUUUGAUGGAAGUGUAACCACAUAAAGGGAAAACACGUUUGAAGAAAAACUAAUGAAGAAAAGAGACAAAAAGAAAUUUAAAAAAAGACAAACCCCCUGCCUAGGGAGAGAGGGAUUUCCAGUGAUGCUUCCUCUCUGAACUCUCUGUGGCCUUGGAUUGCCGUAGGACAACAACUUCCUUAGCUAUGGGAAGGAUAUUACUGCAAUAACUAGCAGCAUAGAAAUAUUAACAGUAUAGAAAAAUAUAACUUAUAGCACUGUUUUUAAGUUCAUUGUCCAUUAUCACCACUUGCUGCCUGAGUUGUCUAACUGGAAAAAAACUUGAUGAUGCUGACAUCCAUGAGACAGAAAUAUGAACAGAAGUCGACUGAGCCUGGUGUGGUGGUUUCACAAGACUUUAUACACAGACAGGAUGAAGUUAGCAUAGCAUGGCUUUAAUAACAAUAACCCUGCACUAGGCCACUGUAGGGAUCAUAUACUGAUCUUCUUAGGCCUUUAUAACAGGUUUCAGAUCAGUCCUUUGGCUGUCCUUCAACCCUUUUUGACUGAUUGGCAAGACAUCAGUAACCCAAUAAACUGUGUCUUUAACAGUAGGAAGUGAAGCCCUCCACCCUCAUAUACAUCUGUCUUCAGAUCAGCACAUCAAGCUUUCUGUAGUGGACUUUCAGAGCGGCCCAAACGGGAUGUUGUAUUUCUUGAGGGUUAGUUGUAGUAAAGGUAAAUUUUCUGUGGAAGGAGGGAGGCAGAUCUCACAGCCUCCUAGCACCGGUAUAAGAGGCGUGGCUGUGCCAUGCCACUUCCUGGUGUUGGGGCCAUCUGUUUGGCUUCCUAAACAGGAAGGGGAUGGGUUGGCAGAGUGAAGGGGUGCGGUCUGUCACCAUGGAAAGAGGGUGAUGAUUUACAGCUAAGCUGGCACAUUAUUUUGGGAUGAUUUGGGCUCUUUCUGCUGGCAGCAAGAGGCUCUCACCCACCCAAUCACUCAUUGGCAAUGGAUGUUUGUCGGUCAGUGUGUGUGUGUUUGUAUGUGUCCUGUGCACUCUUGUGCUUGCGUGUGUGUGAAUGUGUGUGUACAUGUGUAUGAGUGCUGUGCCCUUUGAAAAGGAAGUCCCUCUUGAUAAACUCUGUGUGUGUCAAGUGAAACACAUACGCUGUUAGCUGUGCCAAGUGUGUGUGUAUGUGUGUGUGUGUGUGUGUGCCACUGUGUGUCAGAGAGCGAGAGAGCAGGUGAACGUUAUAAAAACUGUGGAUCUAAUAUUUUUAUUCUCUACUAAGGAGCAUCUUUAACCUUGUAUGUUUAUAGCCUGUCCUGUAUAACCACUAACAGUUGUACAGUACAGAUAAAGAAGCCCUUUUUAUUUACAGCCUACUCAGAUAUCCUUUUCCAACAACACACUCCGCCAUGUUGCACAUCUUUCUCAUCGUAUAGUCCGUCCUAUCAUUUCACAAAGCCGUUUUCACUCUCUUUUUAUAAAUAUAUAAAUAAUGUAUAGAUCACUAAAAUUAACUCUGUAAGAUAUUGUUUCUUAACAUGUUUAGAUAUAUCCACUAUGAUUACAGACCUGUGUUCUUUACAAAAUGCUGCUUAAAAAGCAUCGAUUGACAGAUUUUUGUAUCUAGAUAACUAAACUAUUGUAGAUUGUAAUAGUUACGUUUGUAAAAUGCAUUUAAAAAAAUACGCCCACAAUUGUAUUAAAAUUCAAUAUUAGUAUUUUUGUAUUGUCCUGUUUUUUUGUACAAAAGACAUAGUUGCAAUGGUGUUUUUUCCUGCUAAAUGUACUUAGCUCUAAUACAUGUGCUUUUAAAUAAAAAGCUCAUUAUGAACUUUA